GGACAACGCGUCCGCGGCAUUGCGCGCAGGUGUGAGCGGAACGGAGAACGACCAACUCCGCCCACGGUGCACCACCCAACCAUGACCGUCGACCAAGAAGACCUCUCGGAAACCGGCGAAUACACCGGCACCUUCACAACCGACUUCCACGAUGCCUGCCGCCGCCACAACUGCACCCCGCUCAAACUCCUCAAAAUCACGAACCCACUACCCCCGCUGCCGGUUCCCGUAACCCCGCGGCCCCGGUCCGCGGCCGUCGCUAGCGAGGCUACCCAUAAUGCCGACACCGGGAAUGAUCCUACAGUGUCUAGUGAAGUGGUGGACGAGGCAAACGAUACGCCGGGGGAGAGGGACUCUACAACGCAACCACAGCAGCAGCAACAGCUGAAAGAAGAUGACGUGAGAAGGAGAGAGAUGAACUAUAUCUCGCGGUACCAAUACACGCCGACGAUUUUGAUGGAGACGGGUGAGGGUGAGGAGGAGGAGGAGCUGCAGAGGGUGGAGAUUAGGGGGUGGAAGGUUAGAGUGGAGAUUGUGGAGGUGUUGGCAAGUGUUGUGCCUGCGAGUGGGACGAUAAGCCAGUUGGUGCUCUGGAACUGCGGCCUCACCGCCCAGCACAUCCCCCCUCUCAGCACCCCCUCGCUGCUCACGACCCUACGGAGCCUCACCCUCGACCAAAACCCACUUAUUCCCGACGUUCAUUUCGCCGACCUCAUUUCGGAGGACUCGCAGAUACGGUACCUCUCCCUGCGAUCCAACAAUAUUGGGGACCCGGGCGCGAAGGCGAUGGCGGAGAUGCUGAAGGGGAAUCGCGCGCUUGUGUCGUUGAAUUUGUGGGAUAAUCGGGUUGGCGCGGAGGGGGCGGAGGCGUUGGCGGAGGCGUUAAAAGUCAAUCAGGUGCUGGCUUCCCUAUCGCUUGGAUCCAAUCGUGUUGGUGAUGAUGGGGCUGUGGCGAUUGCCAAGGCACUCUCAAACAUUCUCCUACCACACGACGAAAUCGCACUACGCCGUAAAGCCAUGGAACUCGACAAACAGCGCAAGGAACAGGAAGAGGAUCCGAUAGUCAAGAAACAAAAAGGAGGACGCGCGUUGAACAGCGGCGGAGCGAACGGCGCGACGGGGCGGAAUAGUUCUGCGAAGAUGGGGAAUAGAAUAACGAGCUCCGAAAACAUCAUCAACAACCCCCCGAAAAAGGACGCCGCAGCCCCCGACACCAAAUCCAAGACAAAAGGCAAAGCUACCACCACAACCACGAAAGCCCCCUCCGACGCCACCGCAACCCCACCCGCCGCCGCCCCAGCCAAGGCCGCCACAACUGCCACCACAACAGUAACAACCAAGAAAGGCCCCGUAGCCGCCGUAACGGCGUCGGAACCUGCCCCGCCGGCUUCCGCCUCGGGACCGAAGAAGGGCGCGGCGGCUGCGACGACGACGGUGCCGUCUGCGUCUGUGCCGCCGCCUGUGGAGGAGAAAACGCCGGCGAAGGGCGCGAAGGGCGGGAAAAGUGCUGUGGCGGCGAAGGCGGGAAAGAAGGGCAAAACCGAAGAAGUCAAAGAAGAACUAGAGGAGGUCAUUCAGGACCCCCCCGCGCCCCUGGACCCCAUGUUCGAGCACGCCGGCAACUGGUACGUCUCCGGCAACCGCACCCUCAACAUCCUCAACCUGUACGCCAACCACAUCUCAUCCGACGGCCUCAAAGCACUAUCCGACGCUGUGGCGGAUCAGGAAGCGACGAGCGAGCAUGGCGAGGGGGGUGGGAUUUUUAGGAUCAAUUUGGCGGCGAACGCGUUUGAUAUGGCUUCGCCGACUUACGUUCAGCUUAUGGCCCUGCUAGCAGCGCGGAACCCGUACGCUGCGCAGGAGGAUGGGGAGGGUGGAACGCUGGGGGAAGGGGGUGGAGAUGGGGAGGCGAUGGAGGUGGAGGCGGAGGAUGGGGGGGUGUGA